UCCAGGUCACGAAAUCUACCCUUCAAAGAGCGAUGGCCGCCACAAUAUUGACCAGUUUCAGAUACUCCGACAGCCUCACGGUGGUCGGAAUCUCAGUCUGCACCGCCAUAGUUUGCGAAGCCAUAUCAUGGGUACUGAUCUACCGAACUACUUCUUACAAAUCCCUCAAAUCCACCAUCGACAAAGCUUCCAAAAAGCUCGAGACCAUGAAAACCGAACCCACCAGCAAAACCUCCUCCAAAAAGAAGAAAAUCGAUCGCGUCGAGACCUCUUUGAAAGAGUCCAGCCGCGAUUUGUCGAUGUUUAAGUUCAAAUCUGGGGCCGUGGUGGCUUUGGUUUUGUUUAUCGUUUUUGGGUUUCUGAACAAUUUAUUUGAAGGUAAGGCUGUGGCGAAGUUGCCGUUUGUGCCCUUGAGGAUUGUUCAGAAGAUGAGUCAUCGUGGGUUGCAGGGCGACGAUAUGACCGAUUGUUCGAUGGCGUUUUUGUAUUUUCUUUGCUCGAUUAGUAUUCGAACAAAUUUGCAGAAGUUCUUGGGGUUCUCGCCGCCUCGUGGGGCAGCCGGAGCUGGGCUCUUUCCGAUGCCGGAUCCGAAGACAAAUUGA